UGGAGGGAGUUUGUCUCUUCCCUCUACUUGUCAACAACAUGGCAUCGUAAUAAAGACGUAUCAAAUCAAACGUACAGAUGUUACUCGCGACGUAUUUCGUUGAACGGCAUUUUCUUCGCGGCCGACAUUGCUGGGUGAAAGCUACGUAGAUGUGAAUAAUCGGGGGAUUCGACCAGGUGCGUCGUACUCGUUUCUAACCUGACAUACGAUGAGCUGUCAUUUAGCAGUGUACGGAGUCAGCGCGAUAUAAACCGCGUUUUUUUUGUGAAAAAAUUACAUAAAUUUCUCGCGAAACCUGAAUUCUCUCUGGUAGAGAUGGCGUAUCCAGUAGAACAGCUCAGAAUUUACUUCAUUACGUAUAAUGUGGCCACAAAGUUUCCUGAUCCUAAUCAGGACCUUCACCAGCUUUUGGGCAUCACAUCUUGCGGUGAAACAAAAUUAUGGCCAGAUUUAUAUUUUAUUGGAUUUCAAGAAAUUAAAUCACAGCCACAAAAUAUAGUAAUGGAUUAUAUAUUACUUGAGGAUCCCUGGACCAGAGCCUUUAGAGAUGUACUGAAGAAGUAUGAUUAUGUAAAAAUACGUUCACAACGAUUACAGGGUCUUGUUCUAAAUGCUUUUUGUCUAAGGAAGCAUUUAACACAAUUGAGAUUAAUGGAAGUUCAGUACACUAAGACGGGUUUUGGUGGCAUGUGGGGAAACAAGGGUGCAGUGAGCAUAAGAAUGAACGCCUAUGGAGUUAGUAUUUGUGUUGUAAACACACAUUUGACUCCUCAUGAUCAUUUGCUGGCUGAUAGAAUUUCAGAUUACAAUACCAUAAUAACAGAUCAUACUUUCACUGCUCCAGAUACAUCAAAGAUAUUAUAUCAUGAUUAUAUAUUUUGGAUUGGUGAUUUAAACUUUCGGCUCAAUGGAGAAGACUUAAGCGCCAUGGAGAUAGACUUACUUGUAAAGAAGAAAAAACUUAAAGAGCUUCUCGAAAGAGAUCAGUUGAAAAUGGUGAUGAAAGAACGCCAAGCUUUCGCUGAGCUGAAUGAAAACGUCAUUACAUUCCCACCUACUUACAAAUACGAAUUCGAGUCCCAAGAAUUUGAUCUCAAGCGCAGGCCGUCUUGGACUGACAGGAUUUUGUACAAAGUAAAUGCAAUAGAUAUAUACAACGAUGUAGAACUUAAGGCAGAACAGCAUACUUACAAGAGUCAUCCCAAUUACAGUGUUUCCGAUCAUAAACCUGUGACUGGAGAAUUCGAUAUCGCGGUCAGACCUAAUGUAAAUAAUUACAUUGUGGAAUUUCAAGAGUGUAUAAUGGAGGAAAAUUUUGUAUCGUACAAACUGCAGAGAAACAUUAUACCAAGCAAUGGGGAUUGGAUAGGUCUCUUUCCUAAUGAUUUCUCUAGCUUAGAUGACUAUAUCAUUUACGAAUAUGUUAGCCGUGGUAAACCAACAUCAGUUCCUAAUGAACCUUACGCGAGCACGGAACGAAUAUUCUUCAAUGAGACAGUGAUUCGUUCAUCAGAAAUGUAUUGUCUGGUUUACGUAGCACAACGAGGAGAUUUUAUCGAGAUUUUGGGUGUCAGUUCGGGAUUUUCAAGUGUUCGCAACUCAAUCGAGCUACGCUCAUCGUCCAUGUAAAUUUUUUAUAGCGAGGAAUCGGUUCACUUGAAGAUUCAAGUAUGUGAACACCAAUCCUUUUGUCAAGAGAUCUGGCAACUUUUAUCGCAGAUGGACGAAAAUAUUUUGUUGGCUUAAUUUUUAAUUACCUUAUUAACGACCACAAUCUUUCCUAGAAAUUGUGAUAACGUUUUGAAAUGGAGUCGGUUUACUAUUCUGUAAGUUGCGAGUAGGAAAUUUAAGUAUGUCGAGAAAUAUAUAUGGCCUUUAAUCAAA